AUGUCAUUUACGGUGACGAAUCAGAGCUUAAUCCGAUUGGAGAGCUCCAAGGACGCGGAUGAAUGGAAACGUACAUUAAUGUUUUUCAAUGUCGAUAUUUUGGGCGGAGUGUGCCGUGACCAACAAAACCAGAUUACACCGCCAAGGACCUCCGUUUGCAAUGGAAAGCGACGAGCUCCCGGUGGAGGAUUGACCAAUCCAAUUACGGAGAGUGCGAUGUCAUUUGGGGCACCCAAUAAAUACUAUACUAACGGACAUGCUGAUUUUGAACAUGGAACUUAUUCGCCUCGAACUCCUGGCCGGCGAAGAGAUAACUUUGCCUAUUCCGACAGACGUCGUCACUUUCAUUAUAGACCAAUUAAUCCAGGACGAAGUCAAGCCGAAAUGGGCUUAGUUUCCCCAUCUCCAUCGGCCGAUUCUGCGGGUUACUAUGAGAGUAAAAGGAUCCACUUUCCAGACGUUGGGACCGAGAAAACGUAUGAUAACUAUUACCCAGAUGGACCCUAUGAAAUCAAAGAGGAUGAACCCCAUCGAGUCGUCCCAACCUCUCACUAUUUUAAAGAAAAGGAAGAGCCAAGAAUAAACAGACAAUACGCGGAUGACUACUACCCUAAUGGCCGAAGAUUAUCCAAAAGACACCACAGAGAAUCUGAAAGGUACUAUCGCCAACCCUACCCCGAACACCCAACUCAAGAUGAUUACCAUCGAGAUUUCAGAGGAACUGUACCCCGUCAGUUAAGAUCCAGCUCUUAUAGGAUGAAACAGAACUAUAGGCAGGCAUCGGGAUCUUUGCCUCCCAACUAUGCCUCCAAUUAUUACCCACACGACUCCACGGAAUACAGGAGUGAUAAUGACUAUGAUGGAUCCCCUGAAGAUUACCAAAGUAACAGAGAGUAUUAUGAGGAACCACGGGCUGAAGCUUACCAAAAUCCAUAUGAAGAUUUCCAUGACUACGAAUACACAGAUUACAAAGAAACCAGUAAAGCACAUCCGAUACAAUUUCCGAAACCUCAACCUAAGUACUACAAAAAUUACGCUAAAGGACAUUCCCAGUCCUAUCCAACCAGAAUUUGUAAGCCUGAAAGGGAAUCUAAAGUCAAUGAGGUCAAGGUAUCGCCCUUUGAAGAAGCCGAAAUUCGUCAUGUGAAGUCUAAGAGAAGUAAACGAAAUAAGCAGCCAGAAGAAACUCUUCGUAGAAAAGGUUUCAAUCAUUUUGGAGAGAGCAGAGAAGAACCAAUAAAUUACGAAAAAAUAUCAAAAUAUCUUGCUCAGCCCAAAAAGUAUGAAAGUAGAGGGAAAGAAGAUGUAUUUAAUAUAGAAGGGAAUUCUAAUAGAUACAAGCUGCCCAGCUACGCAGAACGUUCUUUAUCUAGCACUCACAAAAAAAUAUUUAAAGAAGAACUACCUCACAGAUAUCGCCCGAAAAAAUUUAUUGAUGAAAUACGUAAGCCGCAUAGAAGCUUAAGAACUGAAUCUUUUGGACAGCACGGGGAAUACGAUAGUUAUAAAACUCGUAGUCAUAAAGCUUCACCAGAUAGAAAAAAGUCGGUUGACUUUGUUCGCUUCACGGACUUAAACGAUGGCUCAGAAAUUCCGCACAGAAUUCGUGAGAGCGGUCAAUCCCCAUCGUCGCUAUUUUUUACCAUCGAGAUUCCGUAUAAAAAGAAGCACCGAAAAGGGGAAUACAUACCCAAAAGAUCACAUUCGGGUUGUGACAAUUUUGAAGAUAAGUCAUUUAGGCCACAAACAUCUCUUUAUGAUGUUGGGAAACAUCGGAAGCGAAAGACAAUGAAGCAGAAAAUAUCUGGAUUUUUCAAAAGGUCAAAAUUGUGCUUGUCGAAAUCGAACAUUUUUAGAAACAAAUCUAAUGUGCUGAAGAAGCCAGUUGCGCAAAACCUGAACUGUGCUCAAAUAACUAAUCAGAGCCCCAAUUACAUACUGAACUCCUCCGUAGAAAGUGAUCACUCCUUGGGGUCCGAAAAUGUGGGAGUUCCGUCUCAGGACACUGAUCCCCAAAGAUAUGGCUUUAAAAAGGGGAAGGAAUGCCAUUAUCCCACUGUUUACAGGGGAACCAACAAUCAGUUGCCGGAAAAUAACAACGAGAUCUUUCACCAGUACUCCAUGUUCAAUGUACUGAGCUCAACCAACCAACGAUCGAAGGUAAAUAACGAUGACUAUGACCACUUCGAUCGGGGAUUAAGUAAACGAACCAGUCAAUAUUUCAGACCUACAGCUGAUUUGCCUACAAAGAAUUCCUACAAGGAAUUCGAUCGCGUGUCCAGUGGCAAUUGCAGUCUUCACAGUGAGAGAAAAAGUGGAGAUCCCAACGGGACAAGUGAAAUUAACGUCUGCCUUACGAUUCGGGCCACUGACGUGAGUUUGACGGGCAGUCCGAGGAUAGUAUCAUCAAAAAUCGUUGGGGAUCGCGGCGUAUCCUAUAAAACCAAUAAUGGUGCAUCUAAAGUAACGCUUUCAAGGCCAGCCAAUCUUUCUGCAUUGAGACAAAGUAGUGGAAGCACAAUUUGUGAAAGUGCUAGUGGGGAAAACCAAUUCAGAAAUGUCAGGUUUUCCCCCUCGCACUUUGGCCACAAAAGUUGUUCCUCUACCCAAAACAGCUCCGAAGGCAGUUCUUCAAGAGUUCCAGCCGCCAGGACUUCUCAAGAGCAUUUCUGCAAAAGGAAGAGCAUUGAGGCGAGUUCAAAGCCACCCGAAAUGUCCGAAAGUAUUGGCAGUUCUUCGGAGCAACUUCGUCCUCGUCAUCGCCGCGUCUCCAGAUGGAGCCUAACCAGUCAGUCGAAGUCCUAUAAUCCUAAACCACAACCAGGCCAUUGCUGGACCCCUGAUAUAUUAGAAACAAAUUCUCCAAGACCUUCACGCACUAUUGAAUUGUGUUCCAGACCACCGACCUUGUUUCAAAGCGAUAUAACCAAAAGGUCGAGCCUAAAAAGGGUGGAUAACAACCUCGAAAAAUCAGUGCCCAAGAGGGUAGUCCUGAAAACCAAUAGUUCGCAAAGUUCACUUAGUGGUACAAUGUGCAGUUCUGGUAGCAGUACGAAAUCACUUUGCACUGGGGAAAAUGAGGACAGGAAGAACGAAGACAGAAGUGAAUGCCACAGAUCCCAGAGCCACAAUUUUCAAUUUGGCGAAGAUUGGAAAUGUGAGGUAAUCCCAAGAAAAACUAGUAGUUGGCCGCGCCAAAGUCCCAGAAGUUUCCCAGGACCACCGAUGCAGAUGACAAAUCCCAAGCAAUUUGGAAAAUGGUUCUUGUCACCCAAAACAUCAACUCAAAGCUUAGAAUCCACCACAAGUAGAUGCUCCAGUGGUUCCACGCCAAGAAAUCAUGUAGAUGAAACCAGCCACAAGCCGAAGAAUAUGCAAUUGGUUUGCUAUCCCGAUGACGAACCCAAAUCAUCAUAUGCCAGCCAGCCCCAGAGUGAAUAUGGAAACAGAUUCACGGCUAUGCGAGAUCUGGAUAGUACAAAAUCGAGCAAUCGAGGGGAUCUUUGUUGUCCGAAGCUAUUCACCGAUUUGGAGGAGGAAUCCUUCAGCCCGAAAAGCAUUGUGGAGGAGCUGAAACGAGAGCUCUUGCAGAGCUUCAGAGCCGAGCAGCAAAUUAGGAGUCAGGCGCCUUUCCUUCGACCCACUCCACCACACAUUGUGAUAUUCCCCUGUGCUCCCGGUGGCAUGUGCCAGACCAGGGCGAGCAUGAAUCUGAAUCCCAAUCUAUUCCGUAGACCGGAGUCUGUGAUGUGCUGGACACCUUGCCCCAAGCCACAGAACUCCGUCUAAGGAUUGGUCCCUUCAAAGAACUUUCAUCUUUCACACCCAGCAUACCUGCAGUAAGCCA